GGCAGGAUGAGCCCACUCCCGGCAUGUCCUUGCACGGCCGCACGUAUUUAUAGGUGCAGCCGCUCCGCGCCCCUCCGGUAACUUUCCUAACGCGCAGCCUCCUCCGUCCCUUGGGAAGGGAUCACGGCAGCGAACUUUAACGGGGUCUCCGUCCUUCCCUGACCUCUGUCGAGCCCCCUGAUCGCUGGGCAGGGGGUGCGGGGGGAGCCCCCACUUGUCCCCGGCACCGGGGGUCGCUCCCUGCUGCACCGGAGGGUAAGCACCGGGAGCUGCUCCGUCCCACACCGGGGCGAAGGCAUCGGGUGUCUGUCCAUCUUGCACCGGAGAGAAACCAUCAGGGGUCGCUCCCUCCUGCACCGGAGUGAAGGCACCGGGCUCUGCUUCCUCCUGCACCGAAGCGGAGGCACCGGGCUCUGCUCCUUCUUGCACCAGAGCAAAAGUACCUAGCGCUGCUCCAUCGCGCACAGGAGCGAAGGCACCGGGGAUCGCUCCCUCCUGCACCGGAGGGAAACCAUCAGGGGUCGCUCCCCCCUGCACAGGAGCAAAGGCACCAAGAGCCGCUCCCUCCUGUACCGAGCGAGGCUCCAUCCCAAACUACCGGGAGCGGCUCCAUCCCGAACGGGAGCGAAAGCAUCGAGCGCCGCUGCUGCCCACAGCGGAGUGAAGACACCGGGGACCGGCGGGCUCUGCUGCUGCCGUCGCCGCCUCUUCAGGAGAAGGAUGGAGGCAGGCAAGGAGCAUCCCGGGGAUGCCGAGCCGACUGUAUCCUUCCAAGCACGGCUCUGGAAGAACCUGCAGCUGGGGGGCAAGGGUCGGGGCGGCAAGGCUGCGUCCGAACGCCGCACUGCGGAGCCCCCAGCUCCCAGCACCAAGGGGGACUCAGCUCCCGGCACCAAGUGGAGCGGGUUCAAACGGCGGAGGCAAGUGUUGGACCGAGUCUUCUCCUCCUCCCAGCCCAACCUGUGCUGCUCGGCAGCCGAACCCCUGGAAGCCGGGAGCGAGCCCGGCUCCGCGCUGCGCCGGCUGCGGGAACAUCUUCUCCCUCCAGGCAAGGGUCUUCCCCGGCCGGGCGAGGAGGGGCUGCCCGGGGGCAAGGAGGGGAGGAGGCACGGAGCCCACCUAUCCCACCAAAAGAGCUCCUCGCUGCCCAGCACCGCCUGCCUGGAGCAGCUGCUGCAGGGGUCGCCCACAGCCGGCAGGAGGAGGGAGCCCAGCGUGGAGGACGGAUCGAGAACAAAUUCAGUUGGCACGAGUAAUGCAGAUUUUCCCUCUGGGGAUCCCGGAAUGUACCAGCUGGACAUUACUCUAAGAAAAGGACAGAAUUUAGCAGCACGAGAUCGUGGAGGAACCAGUGAUCCAUACGUCAAGUUCAAACUUGGAGGAAAAGAAGUAUUUAGAAGUAAAACGAUACACAAGAACCUCAAUCCUGUCUGGGAAGAAAAGGCUUGCAUUCUUAUAGAUAACACAAGGGAACCGUUGUAUAUAAAGGUCUUUGACUAUGACUUCGGACUUCAAGAUGAUUUUAUUGGUUCAGCAUUUUUGGAUCUCACUUCAUUGGAAUUAAACAGGCAAACAGAUGUUACCUUGAGUCUGAAGGAUCCUCAUUACCCUGACCAUGAUCUGGGAAGCAUAUUUUUAUCCGUUCUUUUGGCUCCUAGAGAAGAACAGCGAGAAGCGACAAUGCUAAUGAGGAAGAGUUGGAAAAGAUCAAGUAAGUUUCAGACCCAGAGCUUACGUCUGUCAGAUCUGCACAGGAAAUCUCAGCUAUGGCGAGGGAUAGUUAGCGUUACCUUGAUAGAAGGUCGUGAGCUGAAGGCAAUGGAUGCAAAUGGACUAAGUGAUCCUUAUGUGAAAUUCCGGUUGGGACAUCAGAAGUACAAAAGCAAGAUUGUGCCAAAAACUUUGAAUCCUCAGUGGAGGGAGCAGUUUGACUUUCAUCUCUAUGAAGAACGAGGUGGAAUUAUUGAUAUUACCGUGUGGGACAAAGAUGCUGGCAAAAAGGAUGAUUUUAUUGGCAGGUGCCAAGUUGACCUGUCAAUCCUGAGUAAAGAGCAGACUCACAAACUGGAGAUGCCACUGGAGGAGGGAGAAGGAUACCUGGUGUUGCUGGUCACCCUCACAGCCUCAGCCGCUGUCACUAUCUCUGACCUCUCCCUCAACUCCCUGGAGGACCAGAAGGAGCGAGAGGAGAUUCUGAAGAGAUAUAGUCCAAUGAUGAUGUUCCAUAACAUGAAGGAUGUGGGUUUUCUUCAGGUGAAGGUCAUCAGGGCAGAAGCGUUGAUGGCAGCUGAUGUCACAGGCAAAAGUGACCCGUUUUGUGUAGUUGAAUUGAACAAUGACAGACUGCUGACACACACUGUCUACAAGAACCUCAACCCAGAAUGGAACAAAAUCUUCACAUUCAAUAUUAAAGACAUCCACUCGGUGCUUGAAGUGACAGUUUACGACGAAGACCGGGAUCGGAGUGCUGACUUUCUAGGCAAAGUUGCUAUACCAUUGCUGUCUAUUCAAAAUGGUGAACAGAAAGCCUACGUCUUGAAAAACAAGCAGCUGACAGGGCCAACAAAGGGGGUCAUCUAUCUUGAAAUAGAUGUGAUUUUUAAUGCUGUGAAAGCCAGCAUACGAACCUUAAUGCCCAAAGAACAGAAGUACAUUGAAGAGGAAAACAGACUGUCCAAACAGCUACUACUAAGAAACUUCAUCCGGAUGAAGCGUUGCAUUAUGGUGCUCAUAAAUGCCGCCUACUACAUUAGCAGUUGCUUUGACUGGGAUUCUCCCCCAAGAAGUCUCGUUGCUUUUUUGAACUCCAAGCAUAAUUGUUGAUUACAUUGUCUUUCCUGGAUGAAUAUCUUUUUACCUUCAAAACUGCAUGAGCUACAAACCAGUCCAGAGUCCCCACUUGUUUUCGCCUGAAGGAGUCCAACCAGGAGCAAAUGCACACAGGGACUCGUUUUCUGGAAUAUGUAAAUUUACUAAGCCGGCUGAAAUACUGAAGUUACAAGCCUCUCUGCUAUGACUAUGAGUAGACAAUGGGUUUGGUCUUACUUUGAAUGAUUAUAGAGAGGGUCUGGUGACAGUGCUCCUGAAGCUUCGGUGCCUCAGAUUUGGAGAAAUCAAACCAGUCAGUGGAGCUGAUUGUGCUGGGGCAGUGAAAUGGGGUACUUUGUGUCACUGAACCAUGUUGUAUUGCAGGGAAGUUUCUUCUAGCAGGGCAUAUCUACCACAUGGCUUGUUAACCCCUUCUGUAGGCUGUCAAAGGGUGGCAGCAUGCUGUCGGUCACUGGCUACAUCAUUCACCACAAGGGCAGGAAACACACGUGCUGUUCAAACACCCAGGGUUUUAAUACUUUUACUGAUGUCUGUAGAAACUACACUAUGUGCAAAAAUCUAAAUAUACUUGCUACUGUUUACUUUAGAAUAAAGAUCUGUAAUUUCAGUUUAAAAUGAUCAAAAUUUCAUAGCAAAACACAGGUUUUUACAUAAAGCUCAAAUUGAUUGUGAUUACUGCCCCAGUUCUUAAAUACUCAUAUAUCUAAGUUGGAUUUUAAUAUGGACACAGGACACCCCAGUAUUACCAGUGGAAGAAAAGGAAGUGGAAAUGCAUUCCAUUUUUUGGAGCACAUUAAAAUAAUUAUUUCUUUCUUACUGUGCACUACUUUGGCCGUGGAAGAAGUUGUGUUGUGGUUGAAUUAUAGUUGUUUCCAAACACAGAAGAAGUUGAGUGUCAAAAUAAGUAGUCGGAAAUACAUAAAGCACAGAAUUUGGACUGUAGUCUGUAGUGAGUAUGUGUUUUUAUUGUAGUUAUAGUGUAUUGCCGUAGAAAUGUGUUCCUCAGUUUAUUUUUGUAUAGGUAUUAAUAUCAGAUAGAUAAGUAGAUAGAUAGAUAGAUAGAUAACAUAUGUUUAGAUGGCUAGAUAAUAUGUAUAGAUAAUACAUAUAUAAAAAUAUAAAUACACCAAAAACCUGGUUUUCUUAAUUUACUUUUAGUGUUUGUUUUGCUAUGUUGUGGUUAUGGGAGUUAUGGAUAUUAAUUAUAUAUAUACACAUCUGCAUCAAGGCUGUGAUGCACAGCACAGAUCACAGAUGCACUCCCACUCUGCAUCCAAAGCGCAUCUUUAGACUUUCAACCAGAUUUUAUUCUCUCCAAGGAUCAAAUCAUCCCUCUGUCGGGCAAAACAUAGCUUAGUUUUUGCUAGCCAAGUCAAAUUUACACGAACUUCUAUCAUGGGCAUAAGAUUUGGAUUUAGAUGGUUUCUGGACUUUCACAGCCAUAGUUUCAUGGUGGUUUCAGAGGCCCUUGAAACAUCUUGAGAUUGGCCCACUUGCACAUGUGAGGCUGAAUUAUGCUUGCACUAAGGUUACGCUUGAAUUUAAUAGAGUCUAUAAAAAGCUGCACUUAUAUGUAUCAUUUUCAUCUCUUCACUAUUACACAAAUCGUAUCUCCUCUUGAAGUUGUCUCCCAGAGGUUAGUGAAUGUCACAGUGAAAUGUCAGUGCCAGAAAGGAGAUGAGAAAUAGGCCAUUCCAGAGGUUUCCAGCUCUGUAGGCAGAUUAAUAAAUAAUGUAGGAGAAAUAAACUUUUAAACUAACCAUUUCCUCUUUUCUGUUGGAUUUGAAGACAUACCUUGAUGGAUAACAUCCUGAAACAGAUUUACAGCCAUUUCAUAUUUUAGAUACGCAGGGGUUGAUUUGUCAGACAUCCCUUUGCCCCUGGUUCUUGGCAAUACAGUUACAGAUACCCUUGUCUCAAACGUAUCCUGGGUGGAAUUUGAAUCAGUGUGACCAGCAGGGCAAGGGAAGGGAUUUUGCCUCUCUACUCCACUCUGGUGAGACCUUACCUGGAGCCUCAUGCCCAUCUCUUCAGUCCUCAGCACAGGAAGGACAUAAAUCUGUUAGAGUGAGUCUAGCACCUCCCAUACAAAGGCCAGGCUGAGACAGUUGGGAAUGUUCAGCCUGGACAAGAGAAGGCUGCAGAAAGAGCAACUUCCAGUACUGAAAAGGGCUACAGGAAAGCUGGAGAAGGGCUCUUGACCCAGGAUUGUAGGGACAAGAUGAGGGGGAACAGUUUUAAGCUGGAAGAGGAGAGAUUGAGGUGAGAUAUUAGGAAGAAAGGUUUUCCUGUGAGGGUGGUGAGACACUGGCCAAGGUUGCUCAGAGGGGUCAUGGCUUCCCCAUCCCUGGAGGUGGCUUUGAGCCCUUGAUCCAGUGAGAGAUGUCCCUGCCCAUGACAGGGGUUUGGAACUGGGUGAUCUUUGAGGUCCCUUCCAACCCAAACCAUUCCCUGAUUCUGCGAUUCUGAUUCUGUACGUUGCCCUAUGUCUAUCCCCUCUGACGGAUCUGCUGUUACAGAAGACUACAGAAGAAGACAUUCUGGCACACUAGCUCAGUUUUCAGAAAGGUAAUUAAUGAAGAAUAUCUGGAAAAGUGGACUGCUCUUGGAAUCCCACCAAAAGCCUUGGUUUAUGCACAGUUCUCUGCUUUUGCUCUUUGCACACUGAAGUGUUCACUGCAGUGCUUUUAAAGUCAUCCUCCUCAAAGUCACAGAAUUGGUUAUUAUGACUAAAAUGCUCAUUGCAGAGUUUCACUGGUCAAUUAUUGUUAUGUAGGGCAUUUUACAAAGGGAAACACUUUAUUAAAGGCUGAGGAUGGUUCUUUCUCAGACAUGUCCAAAGGCACAAGCUCAAUGACUAGUGUUAUCUUUGCUAUACCUGGAAGUAUGGAACCCUGGAAGUUAAGUUCUCAAUGAUGUUGGAGAUUAAGCAUUUCCUCAACUAAACAAUAUUUUACCUCUUUAUGUUGAACUUCAUAAGCUCAUUGCUUUCCCGAGGAAUUUAGCUGAAUGACUACGAUUCGACUCCUUUUUUUUUUCUGUGCCUCACUAAUUCACAGCAGAAGAAUUACCCAAAAACAUUUUUUUAUAUUUUCUUGGUAACAUAACUGUGACAAAUUAUUAGCUGUUAUUUUUCAGAUAUUCAAAGACAUUUGUAAAUAGCUCAUGAAAAGUAGGUUGAUUUGGCUAGAACAUGACUCUGGAUUUCAAUCAUCAGAAGAUUCUAUAUUUUCUCCUUUUGAAUAUUUAUUUCCUAUUAAGUAAAUUACAUAUAUAGCAGCAGUAUUAAGCUAAAGUUUCAGUUGCAGAACAGCUUUGUUAUAUCACAUAGCUUUGUUACGUCUAGAGGCUAGCUGAGAAUGUGUUACAUGCUUGUAUGUGUGCUUCUUAAACACCUAAGUGCACUGGAAAAAGAAUAGAAUACAUAGACAGAGCCUAGGCUGUAAAUUCACAAUAUUUUUGCAUUUAAAACUGAACUUUGGAUUAUUUAGCAACUACAUUUUCUAUCUUUUUUUUAAUUCAGUAAUUAAUAUGGUAUGGUUUAGUUAGAGGAAAUUUAUUGGAGUAUGCAGAAGUGCAUGUUUUUUCUUUAGAUUGAUCUGCUGUGGGCAUGGAAAUGUGUACUAAAUUGGGCCUAAUUUCCACCAGCCUCUUGACCAGACAUUUGUGUUCUUGCAGAUGUCAGUGGGUGCAACACAAAGGGAAAAAAAAGGGUACACUCUUUUUUUCCAGUACUGUCAUUUCUCACUGUAACGAACACAAAAACAAUUGGACAACUGAGCUAUCAGUAAAAGGACACACUUCAACAUGAGUCAAUGAAUUAUUUUACAGGACAAACUUUAAUCUUUAAAUGUGAUUGUAGAUAAUUUGUGCUACCAUCUGUCCAUUUGGAAUUCUUUUAGCCUUUUCAGUCGUUAUACAGUAAGUGCUGCUGUGUUUAACAUUAACAUUUGAUAUUUUACACAUUUAAUUUCUGCACUGCUGCGUGGUCCUUGGGGAGCUUCGCUCUAGUGCUACAUGAGAGAGACAAAGUAUUGAUCAGUUAACAUUUCAGCUACAUUUAUGUAUGUCGCAAAAUUAAUGAAAAUGCCAGACAAAAAUGUCAGAGUGCACAAAAAGGUAGAAUUUAAAUUUGGUAGUUUAAUGAAAAGUUUAAGAUGUGCAUUAUCAAAAAUGUCCCCUUGCCUUUAAAGUACAAUUCAUAACUGAGUAACUAAAGGGAACAUAUUUUACUUAGAGGAACAUUGAACAUGAAAUAUGAGGGUAUAUAUAAUCUUCAAAGUGUUUGGUAACCCAAAAUGGCCUCAGUAAAGCACUUUAAUUGCCUGCUUGAACAUUUAACUGUUAGUCAUAAAAUAAACUUGUUUCCUUUCUCAUUUGGAAGCACAGUACUCUCACGUGAUCAUGUGCACACUUUUUAGUAUGUCCUCAAAUUAAAGCUUCCUAUGAAUAUAUUCUCCUAUUCCUAUUCUCGUUCCUCUGAAUCCUUCUACACACGUGCAUGCAUACACACAGAAAAAAACUUUUGUUUCUUCGGCUUUGAAAUAUUGAUAAAAUGACUCGCCCUGCAUCCAAGUCAUUUUUCAGGUCCAGCUCACCUUCACUUUGUCUUCUAACAUUACACGAUUCAUGUGUGAAAAUGACAUAAAAGUGUCCCUAGCCUUUGAUUGAGUGUUUGCUCUCUUGCACACACACUGUUUAGUUAUGGAGGUGUCAUGCUAACUGAUUGAAACCAAGAAGGAAGUAGGAGAAAAAAGAGCUGAUAUCUAGUAGGAAAUGAGUCAGUAUAGAAAUUUUGUCAAUUUGUUUGGCUUUUCCUUAUUAAAGUGGAAACUGUCACUACUGUGUAUUUCAGAAGCCACUUUCACUCAAAGCUGAAGGACAGAGAUGGUGUUUUGGGAGAGAUUUGAUAUGGUACCAUCAGGAGUGGGAAUUCACUUGUGUUAGUUAUUAAUUAUCUUUUUUUUUCCCUCCACCCUGUCAUUGUAGGAGAAUCAGAAUUUUUCAUGUAUACAUAAGGUCAGAGAUUUUGCUGUUGCUGAUACAGUUAUUGAAGAUGUAACAUAUAAACAUCUCCAAAUCACCUUUUACUAAACCUGGGUGAAAUGGACCACCAGAUUGUCUUUGCAACCUCUUUCUUUUCUGGAAUCUGAAAUCAAAAGAAGUACUGUUAAGGGAGUUGCAAAAACUUCUUCCAUCCUAAAAAAAAGCCUUUCCAAACAUCCCUGUUGCUGUCAGGGCUGCCUGUUCUCAACAGAGAGAUUUGCAGAGGUAAAGUGACGUGACAGUGGAAAGGCCAGGUACAAGAUGAAUUUCUGAUGCAGGCUGCACAUAUGUGGAAGAGUCUUUCAGCUUUUUGGAAGCUGUAUCUUCACCAACAAGAAAGAGAACGAAGUAGACCAGACUGCUAUGCUUUCCUUUUUUUUUUUUUCUUCAGAAGUAAAGCAGACAAAAAAAAAGUGAUCUCAAUCCUGUUUCCUCUUCUCUGAUUUUCUAUAGAGCAGCAGAACGUGAGACUGCUGCAAAAAUAUAGUGGGAUUUGAGCUUAGAUUUAUUGUGUGUCAGGGUUUAGAAAGUGAGCUAGGAAAGGAGAGGAAAAUAUAUCAGAUCCUGGUAAAUAUGACCAUUGAAAUCCAUUAACCAUCUGUACCUAAAGAACGUACCAGCACCAGCAGAAAUUAAAAGAACUCUCUGUAUUUAACUACCGCAAUGGAGCAAUGACACUGUUGUGGAAAUACUUGGUAUCAUCUAAAUAUCUCUCCUUUGACAUGUUUUGUGUUUGCAAAUCUGAUACACAGAAAGACUGGGCAAUACUUCUAUAGUUUAAGAUAUAUUUUAGUAUUUUAUUUUGGUUUUAAAGUACAUUUUAAGUAUAUUUUCAUUGUACUUCCCUGAAGGAGUGAAUGUAUAUGUGCUAAACCAGUGUAGCGGUGUGACUCAUUGCCCAGGGGCAGACUUGACACCGAUUUGGGUCGACUAAUGCAUCCCACAUGCUGUCCAACUGCUGUUCCAGGAGGCUCGUGUCUGUCUUUGGUUCUGUGCCACUUCUGCUGUCAUCAUCCACAUGGCUGAAAUAUCCACACCAGGUUGUCUAAAAUGGCACCAACUCAACCUCUCGGUGCUUUAAUUGCUUCUUUACACAUUGAUUUUACCAGCACAUCUAUUGUCAAAACUUACCUAUAAUAUUUUCUGAGUUCUUCAUAGUUGUAAAAUGUUCACUCUGAAAACCAUCAUUGCAGUGUGGGGAAGUACAUUCCCCAUUUUAUGUUAUCAAUUGAGGUAAUGAAGUGCAAACGGGAAAUAAAAUGCAGAAUAUAGGUUUGGUAUCCAAAGUCUUGGAUUUUCCUUUCACUACUAAACCAUUCUUCCCACCUAUUUUCCUUCUCUUCCUGCUUAGAAAAAUGGACAAAUUUACACUGAAAGCAUUUGGUUAUCAAAGCUUUUAGAAUGCUAUUAUAGCUCGAAACACCAAAAGGUCUGAUGUAGUAAAAUGUAGUAGAUCAAAAGUAUAGAAUUUAGCAAAUACUAUUAGUUAUUGUCCAGUAUUUAAUGUUAUCCAGCAAGUUCUAAAAAUGAGGUUGGAUUUCCUCUUAAGGCAGUGAUGUCACUAGGACUUCAGCCAGCCAGUGUGAGCUGCACUCUUGGUCUGGUGCACAUUCCCUAUCAUGCAAAUCCAAUGCCAGGGGAUCCCCAACCCCUCCUACUUAGUGUUACCAGAAGAGAUGUAAUGGUGACAAAUGGCACAGCAUAGCUCUGUGUACAGAGUAAGGUUGUGUUGCAUCAUGUAUUCUCACUUACACUUUCCUCCUGAGUGCAAAAACUCUCCUGAAUUUAUUUUACCUGCAUAUAUUUAGAUAUAUAUCAAUAAAUAUCAUUUGAUAUGUGUUAUAUAAGUAUAUAUUUUAUAUCAAUUCUAUACUAUAUAUUUAUAUAUAUGAUAUCUAUCAACUUCGCACCCAAAAAACUUUAGAAAGCAUUGAUAUUAAAUUUGGAUGUUUAUUUAUUAAUAGUGUUUAAAGGAGAAAGGAGUUGUGUACCUUAUCAUCAUUGUGUUCUUCAAGUUCCUAUGUCAUAGUCAUUGCAGGAAAUCUCGGCCAUUGAAGCUUUCAUUACUUAAAUAGUGCACAUGGGUAGACUGUAAAACAUCUUACUUUUUCAUCAUCUUUUAGUUAUGAGUCAUCUGAGAACCAACAUAUUACAAAGUCAUGUUACAAAAGCUUUGUACUUCUUUUUUAUUUCAGCCAUGGUAGGUAUUAUAAUGGUUUGCCUUGAAGUGGAAGGACUAUGGCCCACACUGAUUUUACUGGGCUGUUCAAUAGUUAAAAUAAUAUAAUACAAUGUUUUGCAAAAAGUUUCAGUGUAGUCAAGAAAGAGGCAAUAACCAGAUAUGUCACAUGCUAGCCACAAAAGCCCAGCUAAGGGAAAUCAGAUAGAGAAGUAAUGUUUCAAAGCUUUUGAAAAUACAGUGUGGAAAAGGAUUAGAAAGGCAGCCUUUUCAGCAAUGAAGUUACCAAGUUCUUCCUAAUGCUCCACAAGGAAUCAUCUGUGUGCUUACCCCAACAGAGCAGUUGCUUGCUCAGUACGUAUGUAGCUGGUACGUGAUACUGUGAGCAUUGGUGCCUGGGUUGGAGACAGAAGAAGAAAGAUCUAAUUUUCACCAUGCUGGAUUUUAUUGGAGUGAAACCACUUAGGGUAAUUUUGUAACACUUCAAAUGUCAUAGAAACAUGGGAUAAUUUGGGUUGGAAGGGACUUUAAAGCCCAUCGUGCUCCAAACCACUGGUCAUGGGCAGGGACAGCUUCCACCAGAUCAGGUUGCUCAAAGCCCCGUCCAACCUGGCCUCGAACACUUCUCAGGGGUGAGAACCUUGAACACCACCACUUCUCUGGGCAACUUGUGCCAGUGUCUCACCACCCUUGCAAGAACAAUUUUCUUCCUAAUAUCUCACCUAAGUCUCCCCUCUCCCAGCUUAAAACCAUUCCCAACCAUCCUCUCCCUGCAACGCAUGGUAAAGAGCCUCUCCCCAGUUCUCCUGGAGCCCCUUUCAGGACUUGGAAGCUCCUCUAAGGCCUCCUGGAGCCUUGUCUUCUCCAGACAGAGGAACCCCAAUUCUCUCAGUCUGUUCUUGUACAGGAGGUGCUCCAGCCCUCAGAUCAUCUGUGUGGCCUCCUCUGGACUCGGUAUAGUAGAUCCAUGUCCUGAUCCCUGCUUCAUGUCCAAUAUACAUCAUGAAAAUAUUUCUCCCAUUUUUAUUGUUUAAUGUGAUAUUUUAUAAUUCAGUUUUGAUUGCAGAAUGUGAAAUCCAGACCAUUAAUAUAUUAAAAAAGCUCAGAACAUAUUUUGUUUCUACUAGUUUUGUGCACACUGUAUAGAGUCAUAGAAUAAUUUACAUUGGAAAAGACCUUUAAGAUCACCAUGUCCAACUGUAAGUGGUUUUAUUGGUGCUUUAAGAAAAACCUCAAAAGAAAUUGAUCCCUAAGUAAUCAUUGCAAAAGUUAGAUGGCAAGUUUUGUCCCUGUUUUCUUCAAGGGAGCUGUCUGCCACACACAGCUUUAUACUACAGUUUUGGCAAAAGAGAGAUGCUACAUGCUUCCCAUUCUGGUUUGAACCGGAGAGAUCUUGAAAGCUUACUCCUGGGUUGGAAAUAGCUAAUGGCUGGCGAUGCUGCUUGUGAUGAUGAUACUCAAAACAAGUACAGCAUAGGAAAUUGAGGUGAAAAACAGCUGUGUCGUUCUGUUCUCUCCUUUCUUGUGACCCAUUUGCCUUUUUCUUCAAUGUGAUGUGGACUUCCCACGCAAGAGGCUUUAGUUUCUCUAAAAUCCAUUGAGAUUAAUGUAGGAAAGUCCUGUGAAGGAACUGGGCAUUUACAACUAAACCAGGAAAAUUGCUUGGUCUUCUAUUAGGGAAACUUCCUUGUGACAGAGGGUGAUAAAACACUAAAAGUUUUCCUCCGCAUUGUCCUGCGUAGGACAAUGUGUCUGUCUGUGUACUGAAUAGACCAGCUUUAUUUCACGUGGACAAACUGCUGGAGUGUGAUGUUGCAGAAGAACACUUAAGAAGUGUAAGUAUGGUGGAUAUAUAUUUUUUUUUGUUCUCCUAAAUUAAGCACAUGAAAUACUUCUGAAUACAUCACAUUAUUAACAUAAUCUUUAUUGUAUCGUUUAAGCAGGGUGAACACUGUUUCUAGCCAGGGUGUUUUCUGUACCUGAAGAACUAGGUUUAAAUCUGUUCUUUUAGAAAAGUGGUCUUUCCCUGUAGGAACUUUCCACACCCUUUUCCCCCUUCCCUGCCAGGUGCUGGCCCAGAGUGGUGGUUGCUGAUCUUAGUGGCGAGGCCACAUCAAGGAGAUACUAAGUAGGCACAAUAUUUGUUUAUUAAAGGCCAAGCUGAUGGUUGCAAAUUUGGGAAGAAUAUUCUCACAUGGAUCUAGCCAUGUUACUAACAAUUUUUGGGUGUCUGCCGUGGCUGUCUCCUGCAGCAACUUUUUGUACUGGUCAUAGCAACAUAAAGAGGAGCAAAAACUGCCUUGAAGAUCCUUAUAAUUAGGAAUUAAUGCAAUAAACAAUGUUGUCUAGAUAGGUUUUCAAUAGAUGAAACACUCAGAGGGUGACAGAAUGCUAAUUUUUUACCACAUCUUGAGCUUCAGUAAUUUAGCUUCUGCAGAAAGGAUAAUUUCGGUUUACCUUGAAAUUAAAAGCUUGUAAACCUCAUAGUUACUUGUUUGAUACAAAGAACAAUGGGUUUUUUUCUCAGUUUCUUCAAUUUUCAAAAGAAAAAUAGUAGAUGUUUAUAUACCAAAAUCUGUUUAUAACUUAGCAAUAAAAAAGGAGACAUAAUUUAAAAGCAUAAUUUAUUUUGGUUUCACUGUUAGGUUUUGUUCAUUUCAUGGUAAGUAUUAAAACUUAUUGAGUAGAGAUAACCUAUAUUGUGACCAGAAUUGUUAGUGAAAAGAAAAGAGAAUUAGUAUCUGCAAGCCAAGUGGCCUCAGCUGGUACUGGAUAGACUUGGCAGAUCUUUUAUGUUUAUACAUUUCCAUGAAUGUCGUCUCCACAAUUACUGUAGCUCCAAAGCUACGAGAUACCGACUGCUUUCUAGAGACACAAAUACUCCAAGCAGAAAGCACUGAUUUGCAAAAGCAAAAAAAUUGGCAUGAUUUACUCUUUUUUACUUGAGGCUGGCCACUGCUCUCACUCCUGUUGUUAGUGCUGCAAAGUUACCUGUUAGAAUCAGGAGAAUGUGAUUGGAACUUGGACAAUUAGCACACAGCUAAUAAGCUGGUUGAAUAGGAGACAUGAUUCUCUCUCCCUGGCCUUGAGUGUCAUAGCUGUGAUUAGAUGUGCCUGUAUUCUAGUUCUAAUUGACUGGCUUCUGUAAGUAGACACUGCUCAUUAAUGAACAAAGACAGACACUCCCUAACCCGUUAAAAAAAAUAAGGUAGCAAAGAAAUGUGCUCAGAAGUGAAUAAAAUUAGUUCUGUUUUGAUACCACAAACACAUAUUUUGCAUCUGUCAUAUAGGAAGUGGCACUAUAUACCUGGGAGAGCUGUGACUGAGAAAAGAAUCAAGCCAAUGUUAACCCAUAUCUGUGAUUCUUUGCACUCUAAAUCGCAACUUCAGGGGUAAACAUGUUGAACUGGAGGUAAAUCUCUGCUAUAAUAGUAACCCUGGCAGGGCUGAUGCAUGAGGUUUUCUGUUUUCUUAUUCUUCAGGUGUUAAGUAUACGAAAGUGUGAUGUCUGUUUGGCUUGAGAGGUGCCUUUCUGGACUAUUCCGAUCUUAAUAAAGUC